UCGGUGUAAAUUUGUCCGGUGUAGACGCCUAAUAUGAAAAAACGAGGUAGAAAAUGUAAAUUUUUCAGUGCUUCCGGAUAAUUUGUGUUUUCUUCAGGAUCUUCUCUAGUGUGCCAGAUCUUUUUAACUCAAAAUGAGUGACAUGGAAACCGACGAGGAAAAGAAAGAUGAAGUCUAUUCUAGUGGUGAAGAAGGUGCUCAAACUGUCAUGUCCGAACGAGUGUCGAACAUGGCCAACAGCAUUUACAGCGAAUUUGAGCGAAUGAUACAGAAAUACGACCAAGAUGUGGUAUCAGGGCUUAUGCCAUUAAUGGUAUCAGUGUUGGAGCAGCUCGACAGUGCUUACAGUGACAACAACGAACAACUUCUGGAGCUGGAAAUGCUUAGUGACGAUAACGAGCAACUAAUAACACARUACGAAAGAGAGAAGCAGUUAAGAAAGCUGGCCGAAAAGAGAUACCUAGAAAUAGAGGAUCAAGUGGAAGCAGAUCAACGUAAUGUCGAAAAUAAUAUUGAUGCUUUAACUCACGAAAAUAAGGGCUUGGAAAACAGGGUGAAGAGCUACCAAGACCAUGUUGAAAGACUAGAAGAGAGAAUAUCUGAAAUGAAGCGACAAUAUGAUAGUCUACAUAAUAGACAUACAGAGGUAAUCCAGUCAUGAAUGAAAUUAUUAUAAUUACAGGCACUUUACAACCAUCUACUUAGACCUCAUGGACAAAUUGACUAUUAAAAGCUGAAUAGGAUAUUUGCCUUGUAGUCCCUUUUGCCCUGAGGUCUUAUUGCGUUAGUUGACCAACAUGACAAAAUGCUUUUCAUACUUUUCAUCUGUUCAUGGUCUAUUAUGAAAAGAAUAUUGUUAGAGAGCCAAACAGGGAUUUCUAUUGCUUGCUAUCAACUUCAAAUUGUUAUGCUACAGGUUCAUUUCUUGGCUGGUUUGUGAUUUACUUCUGAAUUAUGCAAUCAUGAGAAGUUUCUGUAACGAYGUAGGUUUUAUUCUGUUCCUCACGCUUACAUAUAUUUCAUGGGUCUAACUCGCCUCCUAAAGCUGGGUGCAAUUCACGUUUUCGUACUCCUCGAGCAACUAUACUUUUAGCUGGUACCGCGGUCGAACUCUCUGCCACGCACAAAGCGCGACUCCUUAAAAGAGUCUACCAAGGCCCAAGGGACGGUAAAUAAACAACUUAACAUUUCAAAGCUACCAAAUAAGACAGAAAAUAAACUUUUCUCUUUUUUAUCGCAAUUUGCGAACAAUUUGCUCAAUUUCCGUGCUUUCCGAUUUGCGGUGUAUGAUGCAUUUGAUCUUGGAGACAUAAUUGUUAAGAUUGAUCCAUGCAUUUCGUACAAUCAGUUUAUUUAACAUGCGGUGUAUAAUGAUUUUUGAGACAUA